AUGUCAUCAAAGAGACUAGUCAGAAAACAAUCGCUAAUAUCAAAAGUUCAAUCAUUCCCAUUUGACACAUAUCUUUAUUUAAAUGAAAUACGAUUAUCAAUUGAUUGGGAUGAAUACGCAGUUUCGCUAGGGUUACCUUUAGGUAUAUCAAUUUGCUCAUUAUCAGUUGUUAUUCAAUCCAUAUUGACUUAUUAUAAUUCUAUAAAUAAAAGAUCUAAAAACUCAUUGUUUAAUUCUAAUUACUAUCAAUAUGAAAAUUUAAAAAAUUCAAUAAAUUCUAAGAAGCAAAUACAUGAUUAUGAAAUUAAUACCUCAACUACUAAUACUAUUAUGUGGAGUCUAAAUGGAUUACAAAGCUUGAUUGCCAUAUUGUCACUCGUAAAUGUUGUGCUAAUAUAUACCGGUAGGAGAAAUUACCAAUUAUUAUAUUGCAAAAACAAACCUCAUUAUAAAUCAGCAGUUCAUCCAGCUAGUCAAGAAUCAAUUUUUUACAUGGCUCUUUAUUUCAUUGUUAAUUUCUUCUCAAAAGAUGAGGAAGAUGGAGAAGACGGAAGUGAAAAUUUUCAUGAUAAUACUGAAGAUAUAGGAGAAGGUGAAUCUUGGCAAUUAAGAGUUUGGGAACCUUCUAAAUUUUCAUUAUAUGUUUAUAUUGCUUUGAAUCCAGUUAAUAACUAUAUUAUUCAUUAUUAUACUUCAGAAAUUUCAUCCUUGAGUAUGAUUAUACUAAUAAUGUUAGUGACUGCAUUAAACUACAAGUUGAUAGAAGGAUUUUUGAAUUUAUUACAGGAUAAAAAGAUAUUAUUCCAAGAGACUUUUAGUGAGUUCAAUAAUAAAUUUGUACUACCAAAGACAAACAUAUUAAAGAAAGAUGCGGUGGUGGAUGCAACAAUGGGGCCUUUAUAUUCAUCUGUUUUAGUGAACGAUAAACCAUACACGUUCACAAGACUGAAAGCUUUUACUACACAUGAUUCAAAAGGUAAGCCAACUACAGAAUAUAUUGAUUCAACAAUAGCAGAAGAACCAGAGAAUGGUGAAACUGAUAAUUUAUAUUUUCCAAGAAGCCAACAACCAAGUAGAGUGCCAAGUCGAGCUGCAAGUCGUAGAGGCAGCGUGUAUGAAUAUCCACAAGCUCAACAUUAUAUUGCACCACCAAUAAAUUAUCAGAAUGAUUACAACAAUAGUUAUUAUUCAUCUACACCAUAUCAAAACCAACUUCCAAUAGGCCGUAUGCAAAGUCCUGGAUCCGCAAGAUUUACAAGAACUCCAACUUAUUCAAAUAACGUCAGUUAUAAUAGAUCGCCAAGUCCUACACACAGAUCGAAUAUAACUAUGAGACUAAGUCCACAAAGAUUGUCACCAAAAAAACCUAAUUUAGAUUAUCCUAAAAAAGAGGGCAUAACUCUGUCUCAUCAUUCACCAAUUACUCGAACACCGCAAUUAUAUAGAUCACCAUCACCCCAACGAACUCCUGUAUUUUAUAGAAGUCCUUCACCAAGACGAGAUUCAGAUUACAAUAGACCUAAACCAGGUUGGAAAUAA